UCAAGUUCUGUCCUCUUUGCUGCCAUUCACUGCUUGGUUGUUUUGGGCUCAGCUGGGCCUCUCACCCUCUCUAGUAGGUGGGAAAGUGAGAGGUGUUGGAGGGCCCCCGGAGUUCAUAAUCACAGAUUAUGGUGUUUUACAGAACACUUGCAGAAACGUAUCUCUUUGAGCCUUAUGGCAGUUUGUGGCUAGGCAGAGCAGGACUCACUUAUCACCCCAUCAUUAUAGGACCUGAGGCCUCUGGGAGGCAGAGACAUGCUAUAAGUGGGAACAGUCAGACUCAAGUUCUCCAAAUUCUAGUCCCUUAUCUCCCACGCUUCUCCUGGAUGGUUUGUCCCCAGUGAUAAGCUUGAAAUGGGGGUUUAGGUCUGGGCAGCUGUGAACCAGCCCCCCUGGGCAGCAGAGAAACUCAGUAACUGGUCCCUACUUGGAGUGAGUCACUUCUCUUACUGCCACCCAACUUCUCUCCCUAGAAGAGGCUUUGUUUGUCUCAAGGAACCCCAUAGUCAGGGGACCCAGGGGACUGUGGGGAGCAAAACAAGGCCUCUGGGCAGAUGAAGCUGGCCUGGGGCUGUUGUGUUUGGAAAUGAGGGCUGCUCACCCCUACCUCUCUCCCCUCCUACUCUUUGGCCAGCAGGGCCCUACCCACUCACUAUCCCCAAUAGUAGUACAUUUUAAGGAGGCUUGGCCUCUCCCAGCCAGACUGCCCAGCCCUUAUCAGCCUACCCUGGUCCACCCCCUUGGGGGCUCCACUUUAGGCUGGGCCCUGGUACUGUAGAGGUUAAGGCCCUGUUCACUUCUCCAGUUCCUCUCAUUUCCCAACUCUGAUGCUCCUUUCCUUGAUUUCUGGCUCCCCUGGGCUUCCCUAGCCCCCUGCUUGCUGUCAUCCUAGGGUCUCCCCUGCAUGUUGCUGCACUUGGUACAGCCCGUGCCGGCCCCUUGAGCUGUCCUGGGGGACUGGCUACAGCUCCACUCAGCAAACAAGCAGACCAGGGGCACAGGGCUUUGGCUGGAGCUGCCUGAACUCUGCAGAGGCUCGGGGUGGGCUGGGGGCCCCUCCGCUGCAGUCUGCCCGAUCCCUGCCAGGCCCUGCCCCCUGCCUCAAGCACUUCCCACUCGACCUACGCACGUCUAUGGAUGGCAAAUGCAAGGAGAUCGCCGAGGAGCUGUUCAGCCGCUCCCUGGCUGAGAGCGAGCUCCGUAGUGCCCCGUACGAGUUCCCUGAGGAGAGCCCCAUUGAGCAGCUGGAGGAGCGGAGGCAGCGCCUGGAGAGGCAGAUCAGCCAGGAUGUCAAGCUGGAGCCAGAUAUCCUGCUUCGGGCCAAGCAAGAUUUCCUGAAGACAGACAGUGAAUCAGACUUCCAGCUCUUCAAGGAGCAGAGCGAGGGGCAAGGUGACCGGGGCCUGCGGGACCGAGACGUGGUGCUAGAGCGGGAAUUUCAGCGGGUCACCAUCUCCGGCGAGGAGAAGUGUGGGGUACCAUUCACAGACCUGCUGGAUGCAGCCAAGAGUGUGGUGCGGGCACUUUUUAUCCGGGAGAAGUACAUGGCCCUGUCACUGCAGAGUUUUUGCCCUACCACCCGGCGGUAUCUGCAGCAGCUGGCUGAGAAGCCUCUGGAGACACGGACCUAUGAGCAGGGCCCUGACACCCCUGUGUCUGCUGAUGCCCCGGUGCACCCCCCUGCGCUGGAGCAGCACCCAUAUGAGCACUGUGAGCCGAGCACCAUGCCUGGGGACCUGGGUUUGGGUCUGCGCAUGGUGCAGGGCGUGGUGCACGUCUACACCCGCCGGGAAACUGAUGAUCAUUGCUCAGAGAUGGAGCUGCCGUACCCUGACCUGCAGGAAUUUGUGGCAGAUGUCAAUGUGCUCAUGGCCCUGAUUAUCAAUGGCCCCAUAAAGUCCUUCUGCUACCGUCGGCUACAGUACCUGAGCUCCAAGUUCCAGAUGCACGUGCUGCUCAACGAGAUGAAGGAGCUGGCCGCCCAGAAGAAGGUUCCACACCGAGACUUCUACAACAUCCGCAAGGUGGACACGCACAUCCACGCCUCGUCCUGCAUGAACCAGAAGCACCUGCUGCGCUUUAUCAAACGGGCGAUGAAGCGGCACCUGGAGGAGAUCGUGCACGUGGAGCAGGGCCGCGAGCAGACGCUGCGGGAGGUCUUUGAGAGCAUGAAUCUCACUGCCUAUGACCUGAGUGUGGACACGCUGGACAUGCACGCGGACAGAAACACCUUCCAUCGCUUUGACAAGUUCAAUGCCAAAUACAACCCCAUUGGGGAGUCUGUCCUCCGAGAGAUCUUCAUCAAAACCGACAACAGGGUCUCUGGAAAGUACUUUGCCCACAUUAUCAAGGAGGUGAUGUCAGACCUGGAGGAAAGCAAAUACCAGAACGCGGAGCUGCGACUCUCCAUCUACGGGCGCUCAAGGGACGAGUGGGACAAGCUGGCCUGUUGGGCCGUGAAGCACAAAGUACACUCCCCCAACGUGCGCUGGCUCGUGCAAGUGCCCCGCCUCUUUGACGUGUACCGUACCAAGGGCCAGCUGGCCAACUUCCAAGAGAUGCUGGAGAACAUCUUCCUGCCACUGUUUGAGGCCACUGUGCACCCUGCCAGCCACCCCGAGCUGCACCUCUUCUUGGAGCACGUGGACGGCUUUGACAGUGUGGAUGAUGAGUCUAAGCCCGAGAAUCACGUCUUCAACCUGGAGAGCCCUCUCCCCGAGGCUUGGGUGGAGGAGGACAAUCCACCCUAUGCCUACUACCUGUACUACACCUUUGCCAACAUGGCCAUGCUGAACCACCUGCGCAGGCAGAGGGGCUUCCACACAUUUGUGCUGAGGCCGCACUGUGGGGAAGCCGGGCCCAUCCACCACCUGGUGUCGGCCUUCAUGCUGGCGGAGAACAUCUCUCACGGGCUGCUUCUGCGUAAGGCCCCAGUCCUGCAGUACCUGUAUUACCUGGCCCAGAUUGGCAUCGCCAUGUCCCCACUCAGCAAUAACAGCCUCUUCCUCAGCUAUCACCGGAACCCGCUACCUGAGUACCUGUCUCGUGGUCUCAUGGUCUCGCUGUCCACUGAUGAUCCCCUGCAGUUCCACUUCACCAAGGAGCCACUGAUGGAGGAAUAUAGCAUCGCUACCCAGGUGUGGAAGCUCAGCUCCUGCGACAUGUGUGAGCUGGCACGCAACAGUGUGCUCAUGAGCGGCUUCUCCCACAAGGUGAAGAGCCACUGGCUGGGACCCAACUAUACCAAGGAAGGCCCUGAGGGCAAUGAUAUCCGCCGUACGAACGUGCCGGACAUCCGUGUGGGCUACCGCUAUGAGACCUUGUGCCAGGAGCUGGCGCUCAUCACGCAGGCUGUCCAGAGUGAGACGCUGGAGACCAUCCCGGAGGAGGCUGGUGUCACCACAAGCCCGGGGCCUCAGUGAGCUUGGCCCACACGGGGCCCCCUGCAUCUCAGCACCUCGACCACGUUUCAUUCUCAGACCCCUCCCGCCCUGUUGUGUCUGCAUGUGUCUGUUCUUCUUUGUUCUGUCCCGCAUGUCUCCAGCCUGGAUCUGUCCCUGUGCCACCUCUGUGAAAGUGGUGCCCAGAAUCUGCUUUGCCCUUGUCUGGGCCUGAAGGCCCGGCUUUGCUGGCUGCCUUGCCAAUGGCCCUGUCCCAGGACCCUCUGAAGCCUGGCUGUCCUGUGGGCAUCUAAGUGUCCACAGGGGCUAGGGAUGGUUGAGGGGGGCUGGCCCCUCUAGCCCUUGGGGUCCUGCCUGGGCAGAUCUUGUCGUGUGUGUGUGUCCGGGGAGCAGUCAGGUGGGGCCCGUGCAUACCUGCUGGGGGUCUGUGGAGCUCCAGCAGCUCUGUGGUGAGCACAGUUGGGCUGAACUCGGUCACAGCCCUCGCUGCCUGGACUCGGGCCUCGGAGGUGCUGGACCACCGCCUCUACCAAGUCACUGCCUAGCAGCCUUCUCCGUCCUUCCUCCGGUCUACAUGCUCCUCUGGUGUCAGCUUCCUGUGCCUCUGUGGGAGGGGGCAGCUGCCCUGUGUUGUAUCUGGAGCCAUUGCAGCUGGAGGGUCCUGAAUCUGUCACCAGCCCUGGAGGUGGUAUCCCCACUGUGAUCCCCAGAGUUUUGACCACACCUGAAUCCACUUGGUCCCCUGUGUUGUGUUCUGGACUGAGGUCUUUGCUGUGAAAUGCAGUGUUUCAUACAAUCCCAUCUUUCCUAGUGCAUGAGAAAUAAAGGUUAUUUAAGUAA